CGUCAUGACAGGCCGAGUUGCUAAGACGCGGCAGACUCGACAGACCCGGCAGACCCGGCAAACCCGGCAAACCCGUCGCUCUCGGAACCCCCCCACGCUCUCCUCAGAACAGCUACUAAGCACUAUUACUGUCGCGGGCCAGAGCGAAGAUCCUGCGCAGAAGUUCCCGGACACACGAGCACCCAGGGCUGAGGACGACGAGGCAGGAGAGGCAGCCAAGGCAGCUCGCACACCUCCCAAGCCUCCGAACCCGCCCUCCCUCGCGCCCAAGGCUGCGGACCCACCAGCGCAGGCCGCUGGAGCCACGUGUCUGUGCAGGCGGGCGCCGCUGACGCGCAAGAACCUCGCCCUGCUCGACAGGACGACUGGGGAGAAGGGUGCCGGUGCAUCGGGCCUCCCUGAUGCCACGACCAGCAACACAAGCUCGAUCUCGAGCACAGCGCCCGGCUUUGCUGCUCAGGCUCGAAAGAAUGGCAUCUUCCUCUACCCGGACUCCAGACCUCCUGCGAACCUCGACGAACUCCGCCAACAGUAUGCUGCAUCCCGCAUUUCAGCCUCGCCCACUAAAUCAACCUUCGAGAAAUAUAGUUACAAGGUUGAGAAAGUUCACAACGAGGCUGGCAUAACUGCUGCGAGCCAACUUCUGCUGAAGGAAGAUUAUUCAAAAGGUUAUAUCGAUGAGCGUAAUCGGCCAUUCACAGGCUAUCCACCAGAUCUUGGGUUUAAUAACAGCCUGUCUGCGCCGCAGCCUGAUUACAUCCAGGGUCUUGAACGAAGUGCAUUCAUGCCAUUCCCGGUUGAUGAGCAGCUCAACGGAGCUAUUCUUUACAAGAACGACCAUAAUCCCAUAACUCUGCCACAUCUAGCUGGCGAGUGGAAAGGCCCUGGGAAAGCGAUAAGAGCCACGCGGCAGAGCGGUUAUGAUGGAGCCUGUCUUGUCUAUGCGAGGAACCAAGCUCUCUUGUAUCUCGGAACGCCUGAUCCUCCCGGGCAUGCACAGGUUACAACUUUUACCUCGGACGGCACAGACCUCCGCCUGUUUGCGCACUAUGCCAGGACAUCCUCUGUAGAUGGCACGACUGAGUACCACCAGUACCCCAUCAGCUCAACAAUGCUCAUAGGCACCCACCAGGACUUCAGCAGGGGCCGAAGGGCGCUGCGGAACGCACAGGACCACGCCAUGGAGCAGUCUCACCAGCUGAGGGACCAGCUGAGGGACCACUGGCGGGAGCAGCAGCGCCGGCCGGCCGCCGAGGCCGAGGGUGGAGACGAGACUGUGUGACGGUCACGAGGCUGAGGACAGAGGCGAUAAGACCCAGCGCCGGUCCCGGGGCUGUGGGGACUGCUGCUGCUGCUGCAUGAGUCAGGUGAUGGCUGUUGGGGAAUUUCCUUUGUAGGGUCCGGCGCAUAUAGAAUGUACCAUAUACUGCUUUUUUCUUUGUAUUGUCAGAUGCAUAUAGAAUAUACAUCAACUACCCCGCUG